UGCGAAGUCCGGUUUCAAAAACAUUAACACAACAAAGCUUUCUUUUGCGGGAAAUCGACUACAAAUUUGAGCCAAUCAGGAUGGAUUUUGUUCCCUAAGCAACCAAUCAGAGAGCGAGGUUAUGCUGGUGAUGUGAUCGAGCCUCGAGGCGAAUUCGAGAAGUGAUGGUUAGAAAUUUGGAAUAUAACUUAUUGUCGAAAUAGUUGUCUUAAAAUUCGAGUCUACGGGAACGGGAUUUUGACGAAACUAUAGAAGAAUAUUAUAGGAGGCUGUAGAAUGCAAUUACAGAAUAAAUGGAUGGUGGUUCAACACAGCCCAAAUAAUCUACAUGAUUUGGAAUGCGGUCAAUGAUCCACUAUUCGGCUAUUUGCAGGACAGUUCAAAUAUUAAGAUAUUUCGAGUGAGAUCUUUGGCAGUGUUAGUUGGAGCCCCGUUAUAUGCCUUGAGUUUCCUAACACCAUGGUUUCCACUGAUCUCAGAACGGCCUGAGUGGAUGGUUGGUCUCCAUCUUCUUUUCUCACUUUGUUUCUUCGAUUCGCUGUUCACCUUCGUUUUGCUGGCUCAUUGCGCGCUAUUUACUGAAAUUUCUCCAUCAGCAAAUGACAGAGCCCAGCUACUAAAAUACAGUCAGAUAGCUUCAAUCAUGGGGUCUUCAGCUGUAUUUGUUGCCGACUAUGUGUCAAAUAGCCAAAAGAAUUUUGUCAAUUUUCAAAUACUUUGCGUCAUUGUUGCAAUAAUAAGUUGCGUUGCCAUGUGUUACGCUGGACUCAAUGUGAAAGUGGACAAAAAAUAUGAACCAGUUAUCGACGAGAAAGGGGACAAAAAAAAUGGGCCUACAUCAGUGUCUUGGUGGUCACUGACCUUUCAAAUAUGCAAACAGAAGAAUUUUGUUUGCUUUGUGAUAAUGAAUUUUCUACAGAUAUUCCACACAACUUACAGCAGUAAUUUCUUUUUAAUCUUCGCUGAAGAGCUGAUGGGUUCUCAAUUACCUCCAUUUGUCCGAAGUCUUUUGGCUGGAUCAACAUUCAUGAUACCACAGAUUAUUGGACUACUGGCAAAUCCUCUCAUUGUAAAAUACGGAUCCUAUCACAUAAUUCUGAGCUCAUUUUAUAUCAAGCUUGUAAUGGCUGUUUUGCUGUACUUGAGUGGACCAAAUCAAAUUCUUAUUUUGGCUGUUUUCUUUGUGCUUGACAAGAGUAUUCCAAGCGCGACUUUCUCCCAGUUCAAUAUGCCUCUCUCUGAUAUUAUUGACGAUGAUCUUGCGAAGCAUAAACGAAGUUCGCCAAUUUCAUCGCUUGUAUUUGGUACGAAUGCUUUGUUUACAAAACCAGCACAGUCGUUCGCGCCAAUGUUGAUUGUUGCCAUCUUAUCAAGCUACGGUUAUGACGACAAAAGCCACACGAUGAAACCAACUACUAGUCCAGGUUCAUUAUCGUCGUCUGCAGAUCUUAAAAGCGUGAUGUUCAACGUGAUGUGUUUCCUGCCAGCAAUCAUCGCCAUUUUACAAAUACUGGUGUGGAAUAGUUACACUCUCCGAGGCAGAAGAGACAAAACACCUGAGGACGAAAGGUUUGAUCUCCAAUAAGAGCAAGUAAGCUUCUAUUAAGGUAGCUCAAUAGGACAAACUAUAGGAAGGUAUAUAUUAUGGGAAGGUAUAUUUUUUCCUCUUAAAUGUUUGACAGUGUAGAAUUGUCCUUCAAUCUAGUUCAUUGCACAGAGCCCUGGGGCCGGUUGUUUAAAAGCCGGCUGCUCUUGGUUAAAGCAAAUCUUCGCAUCAUUUUUUUAAUCGCUUGUUUACAAAGUUGACGUAAAAAUCUUAAAGUAAAAAUCUUUUUCUGUAAAUAUUUUCUCGAUUUUCUCUUGAUAAUUGCAUAGAAUUUCUCGUGUUGUCUAAAGAGGCUUUUAAUUGGCAUGCAAUCUGUAAUGGUCUAUUAAACAUGCGCACUUUUAGACCCCACGUUAAAAACAUGUUGUUGACGACUAUUAACAAUUAAUUUUUCUGGUCGCUAAGAAACCAGUUGGCAAAACCCUUAGCUAAAAAUAAAAGAUGUUGAUUGCACAAUUCAGGCACUGACUUCCUUUAACUAUCAUCAUAAUUUAACAGUAAAUUUUUUAUGCAUUUUUCUCUAAACCGAGUAAGUUUCUACAGAAGUCGAACUUCUGUGGAAAUAAGGGUUUGAUGUUAAACUGAUAUUAUCAUACAGAAAUUAUACAAAAACAGUAUUUUUAAAUUUAACCCUAGUUUAGCGUGGAAGAAGGCUAUUUCGUCAAUAACUUUACAAAAUAACGAGAAAUCAAUCUUGUAUAUACAUGGUUUGGAGACUAAAUAAAAGUACAGUACA